CUACUACUAAAGUCUAAAACCCUUUUCUUCUCUAUUCUCGCCAGUGGUAACCAAAACCCUAAUACUAACUAACUAACUCCUUCGUCACCCUAUCCAAUGAAGGGGCCGAAGUCUACCAUGACGCAAAAAGAAGAGGAGCCGGAUAAUGUGAAGGAGGUACCACUUCCAUAUCAAUCUGAGAGUGACGAUUCCGACGACUCUGAUUAUGAGGACUCUUCUGCAGAUAACGACGACUCCUCUUCAUACUCACCGGAUUCUCAAUCUGAAUCUGAAUUAGAAGAUGCUUCACCUGCACAUGAUAGUUCCGCUGAUUCAGACCAUGCUCAUUCUCAAGACGAGGAUGUUGGAAAUUCAGUCGGUGAAGAUGAGGGCUCUGAUCAUCAUCAUGAAGGAGUUGAGAGUGAUUCAUCUGAGGACGAGGUGGCUCCUCGAAAUACCGUUGGUGAUGUCCCUUUGAAGUGGUAUGAGGAUGAACCCCAUAUUGGGUACGACAUCAAGGGAAAGAAGAUUAAGAAGAAAGAAAAGGAAGACAAACUGGGUUCCUUUCUUGCAAAUGUUGAUGAUUCUAAGAAUUGGCGGAAGAUCUAUGAUGAGUACAAUGAUGAGGUAGUGGAACUGACAAAAGAUGAAAUCAAAAUGGUGUCCAGACUCAUCAAGAAUCAGGCACCACAUUCUGACUUUGAUCCAUAUCCGGAGUAUAGUGAUUGGUUCAAAUGGGAUGAUGCCAAGCAUCCAUUGUCUAAUGCACCUGAACCCAAAAGAAGGUUUAUUCCUUCGAAGUGGGAAGCUAAAAAGGUUGUGCAGUAUGUUAGAUUAAUUCGCAAUGGAUCAAUAACUUUUGACAAGCCAAAGGAGGACGAUGGUCCAUAUCUCUUGUGGGAAGAUGAUUCUGGUUUGACAGAAAAAUCAAAUCAUCUGGCUUACAUUCCAGCACCAAAGCAAAAAUUUCCUGGCCAUGAUGAGUCGUAUAAUCCUCCAUUAGAGUAUAUUCCAACACAAGAAGAGAUUAAUUCAUAUCAAUUGUUGUAUGAAGAAGACCGCCCUAAAUUUAUCCCUAAAAGAUUUACAUCUAUGAGAAGCAUCCCGGCGUAUGAGAAUGCUAUGAAGGAGAGUUUUGAACGCUGUUUGGAUUUGUACUUGUGCCCCCGAGUUCGAAAGAAACGUCUUAAUAUUGAUCCUGAAUCUCUAAAGCCUAAGCUUCCAAGUAAAAAGGAGCUUAAGCCUUACCCCACAACAUGCUAUAUCGAAUAUAAAGGUCAUGAAGGUGCAGUUACAUCAAUUUCGGUUGAAGCUUCAGGACAGUGGAUGGCUUCAGGUUCAAGUGAUGGAACCGUCCGUGUCUGGGAGGUUGAAACAGGCAGAUGUCUGAGGCGGUGGGAGGUUGGUGAACCUGUGAACUGCGUUGCUUGGAAUCCUCUAUCUGAUAUACAUAUUCUGGCUGUCUCUGCGGGACAAGAUGUACUUCUUCUAAAUGCUUGCUUGGGGGAUGACGAAGAACAGAAAAGGAUUAAGGAGCUUCUCUUCGUUGGCUCACCCGUAGCAUCAGAUGACACUGGCAAAAAAGCUCCUAGUGCAAGCUGGCUUAACGAUGAUAAACAUGAGGGUAUAAGGUUAAGGCAUCUCAAGACGGUUACUGCUCUGGAAUGGCACCGGAAAGGUGACUACUUUUCAACAGUGAUGCCAACAGGUGAAACAAGAUCAGUUCUGAUACACCGGUUAUCCAAGAAACAUACACAAAAACUUCCAUUCCGCUUACGUGGAAUUGCUGUUAGAUCAACCUUCCAUCCAUCCCGUUCUAUCUUCUUUAUUUGUACAAAAAAGGUCGUUCGUGUGUAUGAUUUAUUGAAGGCCAAACUCAUAAAAAAGCUUGAAACUGGUCUCCAAGAAGCCUCAUCCAUUGCAGUCCAUCCUGGAGGUGAUAAUUUAAUAGUGGGGAGCAAAGAAGGGAAGCUUUGUUGGUUUGACAUGGACCUUUCCUCUAAACCAUAUAAAAUUCUCAAGUGUCAUCCAAAAGAUAUCAACAAUGUGGUCUUUCAUCGUUCGUAUCCCUUGUUUGCGACAUGUUCAGAUGACUGCACUGCAUAUGUUUUUCAUGGAAUGGUUUAUUCUGAUCUCAAUCAAAAUCCUCUUAUUGUUCCUUUAGAAAUUCUACGGGGCCAUGCAAAUUCAAAAGGGAGAGGGAUAUUGGACUGUAAAUUUCACCCCAGACAACCCUGGUUAUUUACGGCAGGUGCAGAUAAAUUGAUUAAACUUUACUGUCACCACUAAAAAUAUAUUAUUCUAAACACAUGCAUGGUAGACGGGUGACACCUAAGAGAGAAGCCUGUAACUCUAUCCAAUUUUGUUCCCCAAUUGUAAAACAGAAAGCUGAAACCAGUGUUGCCCAAUUGAAAGGCUGAGCGAGUUUCUGGCUCUAUAUUUUUGGGUUGUUUGUCGGAAAUUGCUUGAAUUUGUAUUCUGUACACUUCACAUUUAUCUUUUUGAAUCGUACGUUGAAAUGUCAGGAAUUUGUACUAACAAAACUUCACUUGAAAUAUCUAUACACCUAAUAUAAAUCAAUCAAUUCUUU